UGCAGCUGGAGCUUGAGUUCUUAAUGUGCGUUUGUCCGUCUGAGAAUCUGUCUGUUCAAUCAAGACGCGGCUGCAACCCGCAUUGACAUGCACAUGGCUUGAUUACAUCAUGUCCAGAUAUCACUCCCCUCCUUUCCAGACCCUCUCAUUCCUCCACCUUGUCCUCUUCACCCUAUUCCCAAUCUCCCUUCUUUCUCCUCUCCUUUCUCAAUCUCCUCUCAGCUGGACCUCUCCUUAUGAUCCCUGUUACCAUUUGGAUGGCCGUCCACGCCACUGCCUGUCUGAAUUUGUCAAUACUGCCUACGGUGUGCCUGUGACCAUGGAAGAUCUCCAGCAAGGACCCAAGAUGAAUAUCAGCACCUUAACAGAUCUUCAUAACCCCCACAAUCUGACAUGUUGGACAGCUGCUGAAGGCUUGAGUAGUGGGGAUUGGACUUUCACUGUUCCCCUGGAAAGACGCUUUGAAAUCACUUACAUUAGUCUUCAGUUUUGUCAACAAGUGAAGGCAGUGGAGUCUUACUCCAUCUCCAUCUUGAAGUCAAUGGACUUUGGCCGGAGCUGGCGGCCCCUACAGUUUUAUUCCAGUGACUGCAUGGGGAAAUUUGGCCUUCCUGACCAGUCUGUGGCUCUGACAAAGCACCAAGAGACAGAGCCACUGUGUACAGAUCCCAGACCUCUGCAGAAGCACCGUGGAAGUGUUGUGCUGGCUUUCUCAACUUUGGAUGGGCGUCCUUCUUCACCAGAUUUUGACUACAGUCCAGGGCUCCAAGACUGGGUUACUGCUACGGAUAUAAAGAUAGUAUUUCACCUAUCAAUGGAUAAAAUAAAAAAGCAAGAAGAGAAACUGAAUGAGGUGGGACGUGCCUUAAGAGGGAGAGCAGGGGGAGAUAGGGGGGACACUAUUAUUAGGUUAGGGGAGAAAAAAACAGGGGCUAAAACCUCAGAAAUUUUGGGAAGUAGACAAGAAAAAAAUAAAGAGAAAUCCACACUGAGAAAUCUGAAUAAAAGCAUUGUGCAGCAAAGUGGCCACAAUGUUACCAGAAAGGAGAUGGGAUCUCAAGGUAAAGAGGGAAGAGGUAGGGGAAGGAGCCACAAGAAGGAAAGUUGGAAGCCAUGCCAGGAUGGCACAUGUGAUUGGUCUGUAAAUACCCAGCAGCAGGGCUCCAAGGGCCGAGAGUUGAGGAGAAGAAGAUACAAUGGAGGGAGGGAGAAGUCCCAUUCUAAAUCAAGAAAAAAGGCCACACAUCAACUCACCCCAUCUGCCCUUUACACUCCAUCUAAACCAUCUCUCGCGCUUUCCGACCUGCAGGUUGGAGGCAGGUGCAAGUGCAAUGGCCAUGCCUCCCGCUGUCGUCGUGACAACCAGGGACGUGCAGUGUGUCAAUGUGAACAUCACACAUCUGGACCGGACUGUGACGUGUGUGAGCAAUUUUUUUAUGAUCGGCCAUGGCAACGGGCCACGCCCAGCCAACCACACCCGUGCGCCCCAUGUGAAUGUAAUGGUCACUCUACGAAGUGUAGAUUCAGUAUGGCUGUCUAUCAACAGUCUGGUCGAGUCAGUGGAGGCAUUUGUUUGAAGUGCCGGCACCACACAACAGGACGCCACUGCCAGUUCUGCCAGAACGGAUACACACGUGACCACAGCAAACCACUCAGCCACCGCAAGGCCUGCCAAUCUUGCCAGUGCCAUCCCAUGGGUGCAGUGGGCCAUUGGUGCAACCAGUCCACGGGGCAGUGUUUGUGUAGAGAAGGGGUCAUAGGGCAGAGGUGUAACCGUUGUGCCCCCGGGUACAAGCAAGGCCAGUCUCCCCACCGACCAUGCAUCCGUAUUCAGGAGGUAGCACCACCCACCCCAGUUUACCAGCCCCAGUACAGCAUUGGCGAAGAGUGUCUUUCUUACUGUUCACCCUCCCAAGCUAAAGUCAGAAUGAAUUUAGAGACAUACUGUCUCAAGGACUAUGUGCUGAAGAUGCAGGUGAAAGGUAAGGAACGUUCAGGCCCCUGGUGGCAGUUUUCUGUGCUGGUCCAGUCAGUUUUUCGCACGGGAUCUUCACACGUAAAGCGUGGCCUUCAAGCUCUCUGGGUUCCGGACCGAGACCUAAGCUGUGGCUGUCCUGCACUUCAGGUUGGUCGGACCUUCCUCUUGAUUGGUGCAGAGGAAAGUGGGCGGAGCUGGGUCCCUGAGGAGCGGCGAUUAGUCUCAGAUCGCACUACGAUGGCCCUACAAUGGAGGGAACACUGGAGCCCAAAAUUAAGAGGCUUCCGUGGGCAGGACGUCAAGGGAAAGUGCCUACAGGGAAACAACACUGCACAGAAACACUCCCACUCAGACUCGUAUGAGGAAUACACACCGCCACAUCUUGAGAAACUGCAGUCUGAGCCACAUGCACCACAUAAACAUACACACUCAACACAUAAUCAGCAUCCGUCAACUGCACAAUACAGACGUUUAGACCACAGACACACACACAAAAGAGGAGAUACUCAGGACUUACAAAGAAAAGGCAUACACACAGAAAGGCAUCAUGGGCGAGUGGAGGAUCUCAAUGGCAGAAUUUAUCCAUCUGCCUCCCCUCAGGAUACACAGAAUUUAUUGCAGAACACCCAGGAUCCUUCUUCAGGCAUUUCAAAGACAAGUCAUGCCAAUAAGCAUGAGCAGUACUACCAAACAGUGUGUCCGACAUGGUCACCUGUGUCCCCUGUCUGACAAAAUGAGAGAUUAUGAGCAUGGAAAUGGUGAAGAAAUUCCACUGGUGGGCUUUGGUUCAGACAAAUGCGGACAGUGAGGGAUUUUUCAGUUGUCAGCCCUUAAGUCCUACUAUAAAGACUGUCUUUUGAACAUUCAAGCCAGGCAUGAAGAAACAAGUUAAAGCCAAUGUCACAAAUUUGGACAGACAAACUGUUAGAUCGCAUGUUACAAUCACCCGAGAUACUAUCAUUAACACCAUCCUGUUCAGCCUACAGUGUGUACUGCAUGGCCACUUGAAUUCACAGUUCGACAGACUUGUUUUGUUAGACUGCAAAAGAUACAUUUUUAUUCAUACAGCAGUAGAAAAAUUGUUCACAGUCUGUAUAUUGAGUGUGGUGUAAGACUGCAUUAUACUCCUACAAAAUCAAAUAAUUUUUUUAUGUUUUUGUAAAUUUUUGGGGCUACAAUGUCAUAUUUAAAAAGAAUUCAGACUGUAUAAAUUUGACAUACAAUAUGGUGCCUUCUUAAGGAAACCUUCAUUCAACAUGUUAGUGUUAAAAGCAUUUGCAUAUCAAAAUGUGAGAGAACCUCUUUGUUUUUAUUCUGAUUUACAUAACAA